CCUCACGGAUGUCAAUCAAGCGCCGCAUCACUUAUCCACGGCCGCUACGGUCAUUUGCAACGAGUCUGACCCUUAGGAAAAAAGUGCAACAACAAACAAAUCCGCUUUCCGUCUGCAUAGAAACUACAAGGGGAAGGAGGGAUUAAGAGCACUGAUUGCAAUAUAGUGUAUAGGCUACUGUAUGUGUGUGUGUGUUGCAGUGCGACAGAGUUUCAGUGACACUGAGUCAGCGCAGGUGUGCAUAUCUCUGUCAUGGAGAAUUCAAGCACAUCGCUGAUGUUCAAGGUGGUCGCGGUGGCCGCGAUCGGUCUCAUCGCCGCUUUCUUCAUGCACGUCCAAGAUCCAUUAGAUUCGCUGUUUGGAGCGGGAUACCCAGAACUAUGGCGGAGAACCGGACUGGUCGGAGCCCCUGCGCGGGCAGCAGCUUGCAUCUUUGCGGGAGUGUUCCUCCUGGCAAUGGGCUGGUUGUAUAGACUGAUAUUCGCGCCUCUGGAGCUACUCCGCGGUGUGGAUGAGGUGGGUUACAUCGCGGAGGACGGGCGCUCCCGGGCGCAAGCGGCCAACGAGGUGCGACGGAGGCGCAAGACUGGAGAAUUACCCCCAGUGUAUCCGAACGGCUGGUACCGAGUUUUGGACUCGCACAUGCUGGAGAGAGGAGAUGUCAAGAGUGUGACUGUGCUGGGACAGCAGGUGGCGGUGUUUCGUGGCCAGGAUGGCAAGGCCUAUGUGGUGGAUGCUUAUUGCCCCCAUUUAGGUGCCAACCUGGCUGUGGGGGGAAGAGUUAUCGGGGGUUGCAUCGAAUGCCCCUUUCAUGGGUGGCAGUUCCGUGGGAUAGAUGGAAAAUGUGUGAAGAUUCCCUAUGCAGAUAAAGUGCCUGAAUUUGCGAAGGUUCGGUGCUGGCCCAGUUGUGAGAUCAACGGGCAGGUUCUGGUGUGGUUUCAUUGUGAUGGGUUGGAGCCCAGCUGGAGAGUCCCAGAACAAAGUGAGAUCACCCGCGGGGAAUGGGUUUACCGCGGACGUACCGAACACUUUAUAAAUGCACAUAUUGAGGAGAUUCCAGAGAACGCUGCAGAUAUAGCACACUUGGCUCAUUUGCACACUCCAGGUAUCGUCAGUGGAGUUGAUCUGCGAUACACUAACAGCAAGACCUGGGAGUUCAUACGACAUGACUGGAAGGUGGAGUGGAAACCAGAGCCCGAUCCAAACAAGCACUGCUCACAGAUGUUGGUGAAACAUGCUCUAACUGUGUUUGGUCGCCACUGGCCUCUUCUUGAUUUGGACGUCCUGGCAAGACAGGUGGGCCCAGGUGUCGUCUUCCUGCUCUUUGAACACAGUUUCCUGGGUCGAGGUGUGAUUGUGCACUGCGUUACUCCAGUCGAGCCAUUACUGCAGUGUGUAUCACACACCAUAUUCUACCAGAGCACCAUCCCUCCCCUGGUACCAAAGUUCAUUCUGCGGGCAGAGUGCAUCCAGUUUGAACGAGAUGUGAUGAUCUGGAACAACAAGACGUACAUCUCCAAACCCAUGCUUGUGAAAGAGGACUCAGCUAUUCAGAAACACAGACGCUGGUUCAGUCAGUUCUACAGUGAGAACAGCCCUAGACUGCGCUACCAGCAUGACACUCUGGACUUCUGAACACAAACUAUAGUUCAACCGAUAUGGGUUGCUAAAAGGCUAAUAUUUUUUUAACUGAAAAUGUCAAUAGCUGAUAUUUAGUGUUGAUAUUUAAAAAAAAAUUCAUUUGCCAAAUGUAAUCAUUAUGCAAACAGAAAUUAUGCAAAAAUACAGUAAACAAAACUACAUUUCUUGAGCAUUUUUUAAAUGAAAGAUUAUUUCAAUAUAUAGCCUGUGCUAAGAAAAUAAUAAAGCAAAUGCAAAAUAAAAGUGCAAUUUCGAUAG